UAUAUCUUAUUAACGACCCAACAUCCCAAUCAUUCAAUAUUUCCACCCUCUUCAAUCUCCCUCCAACCUCUAUGAUCGUCCAACGGUCGGUAAUCUCUGGCACAAACAAACUACUGCACCUCCAAACCACCAAAAUCACAAGCACAAGCUUAACCAACCCAUGGAACUUUCGUCUAAGAGAAUUAGCAAAGCAAUGCGAAUAUACCCAAGCUCUCACUCUCUACCUCCAAAUGCUCCGCUCUGGCUUCUCUCCCAAUGCCUUCACUUUCCCUUUCAUUCUCAAGUCAUGUGCCGCUCUCUCCCUUCCAAUCUCUGGCUCACAGCUCCAUUGUCAUGUCAUCAAAACUGGGUGCGACCCCGAUCCCUUUGUACAAACUUCUUUAAUUUCAAUGUACUGUAGAUGCUAUUCUAUUGAAUAUGCACGCAAGGUGUUUGAUGAAAAUAGUGAAUCGAGAAAGCUAACUAUUUGUUACAAUGCUUUGAUAUCUGGGUACACCUCAAAUUCGAGAUUUUAUGAUGGGGUUUUGUUGUUUCGUAAAAUGAGGGAGGCGGGAGUGUCGGUUGAUUCAGUUACAAUGUUGGGGUUAGUACCCGUGUGUACACUUCCAGCACAUUUGAGUCUUGGGAUGUGUCUCCAUGGUUGUUGUGUUAAGGUUGGCCUAGACAGUAAUGUGUCUGUUUCAAAUUGUUUGCUUACAAUGUAUGUUAAGUGUGGGGCAGUUGCUUAUGCUCGAGCAUUGUUUAAUGGGAUGCCUGAAAAGGGUUUGAUUACUUGGAAUGCAAUGAUUUCUGGGUAUGCUCAAAAUGGGCUUGCUCGUCAUGUUUUGGACCUCUAUCAUGAGAUGGAGUUGACUGGGAUUCAUCCUGACCCCGUGACGUUUCUCGGGGUCCUCUCAUCUUGUGCCUACAUUGGUGCUCAUAAGGUUGGUUGUGAGAUAGAAAGGCAGAUACACUGUAGAGGGUUUGGUUCAAACCCAUUUUUGAGUAAUGCCCUGAUUAAUAUGUACGCUAGGUGUGGUAAUUUGGGAAAGGCUCAUGCUAUAUUUGACCACAUGCCUGAGAAAAGUGUAAUUUCGUGGACGGCAAUUAUAGGUGGUUAUGGAAUGCAUGGACAUGGAGAAAUUGCAGUACAGCUCUUUGAUGAAAUGAUUGGGACUGGAAUUAUACCUGAUAAAGCUGUUUUUGUAAGUGUAUUGUCUGCGUGUAGUCAUGCAGGAUUGACCGAUAAAGGCUUGGAUUAUUUUGCCGCAAUGGAGAGAACAUAUGGGUUGCAGCCGGGUCUGGAUCAUUACUCUUGUAUGGUGGAUCUUCUAGGCCGGGCUGGACGACUCAAGGAAGCUAAGGAGCUCAUUGAGUCAAUGAAGUUAAAACCUGAUGCCCCAAUUUGGGGGGCCCUUUUGGGUGCCUGUAAAAUUCAUAAAAAUGUUGAGCUAGCAGAGUUGGCUUUUAAUCAGGUAAUCGAGCUUGAUCCUACGAAUAUCGGUUAUUAUGUGUUGUUAUCAAAUAUAUAUUGUGAGGCACAGAAUAUGGAGGGAGUAUUAAAGGUUCGAGCAAUGAUGAGGGAGCGGAAGCUCAAAAAGGAGCCUGGGUAUAGCUAUGUAGAAUAUAAAGGGAGAGUUCACCUUUUCUUGGCCGGGGAUAGAACUCAUCCACAGGCAAAGGAGAUAUAUGGAAUGUUAGAUGAGUUGGAAAAUUUAGUGAAGGAGCUUGUUGGGUCUUAUAAGAAUGAUCAAGAAAGAAGAAAUGAAGAAAUUUUAAGUGGUAUGGGUGUGCACAGUGAAAAGCUGGCAAUUGCAUUUGGACUCUUAAACACUAGGCCAGGGACAGAGAUUGUUGUGAUAAAGAACCUGAGGAUCUGUGAAAAUUGUCACUUGUUUAUAAAGUUGGUUAGCAAAAUUGUGGAUCGUCAGUUUGUCAUUAGAGAUGCAACCCGCUUCCAUCAUUUCAGGAAUGGAACCUGUUCUUGCAAAGAUUAUUGGUAAAAUCUUUCAAAAUCAAAAGGCCCUGGUGAAGAGUAAAAUACCAAAAUGUGUCAAGGUAAUGACAUGACUACUGUUUUAAACACCAAAAGGCAAAAGCCCUGGUGAUACAUGGCUAUGGUUCGAGCCGAUUGAAGUUUUGAAAUGUUUUAAAUUGAAAAUGAACAUUGAAAAGUCUUGGGAUGGCAGGGAUUUGCUGAAGGCAGCUGCCACUAAUAUUUUCUUAAAUGUCUUGCUGAUCAACUGUGGGUUGUUAGGAACCAAGCCCACAGAGAAAGCUCUGUUGAUCAGAAGAUAGAGGACAAGGAUCAUAACCAGUCUUUGAAGUGGUUACAAGUUUCCAGCAAGUGAUGACAAAUAUUAAUCCACAAUCCAGAAUCUUCUAUGUGACUAAGCUCUGAUGGUCUAUUAUUAGAGCCAGUAUCUUCUAGCCACUAACUGUUUUUGAUUGACUAGAAGACCUUGUGUCUAACCAUUUUUUUGUUCAGCAUGGCUGAGCUAAACAUGGGGCUGGAGUUGCCAUGCCGACCUAAUUCGUGUAAAUUUCUUCUACUUUUUGGCCUUUAUAUGACAACCUACUAUUGGUUUUAUUGUC